AUGUAUGAUCCCUGCGGGAAAGAUUCCCGAGGACUCUCAAUACAUGAGCUCACGCUCGGAGUUGCCAAUCUCAGUGCUCGAGCAUUAGAAGAUUGCUCUUCAGGCGGAUCCGGAAUGCUCGACCUUGCGGCUCACUGGUUGGCAAAGUGUCGUGCUGAUCAUACUCAGUGCUCGAAAGUACCAAACAAAUCAUGGUACCCAACUCGUCUGCUAGACAUUCGGAGUGAAGCGGUGCGGUUGAUCGAGACAGCGACAGAGCCACCUAAAGGACCGUACGCGACAUUAAAGCAAACAAAGGCUGAAUUCUUGCACGGACGACCUUUGCACGACUUUCCACCGACCCACCGCGAAGCCUUACUCGCUGCCAAGUAUCUAGGGAUUGACUAUGUCUGGAUUGACUGCUAUUGCAUUCUACAGUCCGAAGAUCACGGCGCUGCAGCUGGAGACAAAGCUUAUGAGCUUAGCCAGAUGCAACAUGUAUAUGCCAACAGCAUGCUGAACAUUGGUGCUACAGGUGCCGAAGAUGCAUAUAGCGGCUGCUCUGGAGUCCGUUAUCGUGAUGGAGGACCUGAACGCGUACGGAUUGAAAAUAAGAUCUAUCAGAUCACGGAUAAGUGUGAGAAAGACCCGUCCAUGGACCUCUAUAAGCAUGCGAAGCUUUUCACCAGAGGUUGGGUAAUGCAAGAGCGACUCCUCGCGCCCAGGAUGUUACACUUGGCUGGGUCGCAAACCUUCUGGGAAUGCUCGGAGACGCGAUUUGCUAAUGCCCGGUUCCCUGGCGGCUUAGAACAGACCGCAUAUCCGUCCUCCCCCGGAUAUCCGUUCUGCCUCCAGAUUGGUAAUUUUCCUCCGAGCCUUCAUCCAUUACUUGCAUCCCUGGAAUCACUGGAAUGGAACCGUCUUUGGCGAGGCGUGGUUGAGAGAUACUCGUGCUUAGCUUUAUCCCACGUGCAUGAGGACAAAUUUGCAGCGAUCGGUGCUGUCGCUGAGAGACUAGCUAAGCUGAAUAACGACGUAUACAUCGCCGGUCUGUUUAAGCGAUUUUUCUGCGCCGACCUUUGUUGGUCCAACGAAUUUGGAGCACCACGAGCCAAGCGGUGGCGAGCCCCAUCUUGGAGCUGGGCAUCUCUCAACAUCUUGCAACACUCGAAGAAUACUCCAUCGUACCCGACAGCCCGGAUAAUCCCUGUGGCGCUCUGA